AUGCGUUUGGCAAUGGCUCAUGUUGUCCAAGGCCAGCAGUUGGUGCCAGAGAACCUGAGGAAACAGCUUGCAGUUGCUGUAAGAAGUGUGCAGUGGAGUUAUGCAAUUUUCUGGUCACUGUCAACUAGACAGCAAGGUGUACUGGAAUGGGGUGAUGGGUACUACAAUGGCGACAUCAAGACUAGGAAAGUUCAAGCUGUAGAACUUAAAGCUGAUAAAAUAGGCUUACAGAGAAGUGAGCAAUUGAAAGAACUUUACAAGUCACUACUUGGAGGUGAUACUGGCCAACAAGCUAAGAGGUCUUCUCCUGCAUUGUCUCCAGAGGAUCUGUCAGAUGAAGAGUGGUAUUACUUGGUUUGCAUGUCCUUUGCAUUCAAUUCUGGUGAAGGGUUGCCAGGAAGAGCAUUAGCAAAUAAACAGACUAUCUGGUUGUGCAAUGCUCAAUAUGCAGAUAGCAAAGUAUUCUCUCGUUCUUUGCUCGCAAAGACUGUGGUGUGUUUUCCCUAUCUCGAGGGUGUAAUAGAGCUAGGUGUAACCGAGCUGGUCACAGAAGACCCCAGUCUCAUUCAACAUAUCAAAGCUUCCUUAUUAGACUUCUCAAAGCCUGUUUGCUCUGAAAAAUCUUCCUCUGUUGCCCACAAUGAAAAUGAUGAUAAAGAUCCAAUGUUGACCAAGAUCAGCCAUGAGAUAGUUGAUUCAUUGGCUUUGGAGAACUUUGACACCCCAACAGCAGAUAUAGAAUUUGAGCAGGAGGGAAUUAACAAUUUAGAUGGAAAUGUGCAUGAAGAAUUCAAUAGGAACUCUCCUGAUGAUAGUUCUGAUGGCUAUGAGAACAAUCACCAGACUGAAGAAUCCUUCAUGCUUGAAGGUUUAAAUGAAGGGGCUUCUCAAGUUCAAAGUUGGCAUUUCAUGGAUGAUGAAUUCAGCAACGAUGUUCGAGAUUCUAUGAAUUCAAGUGAUUGCAUAUCAGAGGCCUUUGUGAAGCAAGGAAAGGUUCUACCCUCUUCCAAGGGAAAAAACGUAACCCACCUUCAGUUGAAAGUACUUCAAGAGGGAAAUCACACAAAGUUGAGCUCCUUGGAUCUUGGAGCUGACGAUGACUUGCAGUACAGAAAAACUGUAUGUGUUAUUCUGAAAAGUUCAAGUCAGUUGAUUGACAAUCCAUGUUUCCAUAGUGGCGAUAGUAAAUCCAGUUUUGUUAGUUGGAAGAAAGGGGCAGUUGAUGGCCAUAAGCCACGAGUACAACAGAAUAUGUUGAAGAAGAUUUGUUUUGCUGUGCCUUUGAUGUAUGGUGGUCACUCUCUUCGGCCUGACAAGGAAAAUCUAGGGAAAGAUUGCCUCAAGAAAUUGGAAGGCUGCGAAACAUGCAAGUGGCAUUUUAAAUCAGAUAAACAAAAGGAGAAGGAAAAAUUUCUAUUACUCAAGUCAAUGGUUCCUUCUAUUCAUGAGAUUGACAAAGCAUCAAUCCUCAGCGACACUAUUAAUUACUUGAAACAGCUUGAGUCAAGAGUAGCAGAACUGGAAUCUGGCACAGGCUCGAUAGAUUACGAGGCAAGACCCAGGAGUUACAUGGACAUGGUAGACAGGACGUCAGAUAACUACCACAUCAAGAAGCCUUGGAUAAACAAAAGGAAGGCCCGUGAUGUUGAUGAAGCUGAACUAGAGCUCGAUGGGGUUUCUCCCAAGGAUGGCGUGCCCUUAGAUUUGAAAGUAUGCACGAAAGAGAAGGAGAUUCUCAUUGAGAUGAGAUGUCCUUACAGGGAAUACAUGUUGCUCGAUAUCAUGGAUGAAGCCAACAAACUGCAGUUGGAUGUGCACUCAGUUCAGUCAUCAACUCUAGAUGGCAUUCUCACAUUAACCAUGAAAUCUAAGUUUAGAGGGGCAGCAGUUGCACCAGCAGGGAUGAUCAAACAAGCACUUUGGGAAAUAGCCGGCAAGACUUGA